AAUGACUACAGUAGCCCAGAAGCACUUUUUGGAAGGGCAGACAUACUCAGUCCCCCUGAUCCAACCGGACUUACGCAGGGAGGAGAAAAAAAAAGCGGAUGCACUUCAGUAUCUGCAGAAGGUGUCGGGUGAUAUCUUCAACAGGAUCUCGCAGCGGGUGGAGGCCAGCCGGGCACAGCUUCAGGCGAUUGGUGAGAGAGUCACGCUUGCCCAAGCGAAGAUUGAGAAGAUAAAAGGCAGCAAGAAGGCCAUUAAGGUAUUUUCCAGUGCCAAGUAUCCAGCCCCUGAGCGGCUGCAGGAGUACAGUUCCAUUUUUGCUGGUGCAGAAGACCCAGCUAAAGAGAAAUGGCCAAGACACAAGAUUCAGAGCAAACACCGAGUGCUGGAUGAUAAAGCUCUGCAGGAGAAGCUCAAGUACUUCCCUGUGUGUUUGAGCACCAAAAUUCACCAGGAGGAUGAUGCAGAAGAAGGCCUUGGCAGCCUCCCCAGGAACAUCAGCUCCCUCAGCUCCCUGCUGCUCUUCAACACCACCGAGAACCUGUACAAGAAGUACGUUUUCCUGGAUCCUCUGGCUGGAGCAGUGACCAAGACCCAUGUGGCUUUGGAGACAGAAACGGAAGAGAAGCUUUUUGAUGCUCCUCUCUCCAUCACCAAAAGGGGACAGCUGGACCGACAGGUGGCUGAAAAUUACUUCUACGUGCCAGAUCUGGGCCAGGUCCCUGAGAUUGAUGUGCCAUCCUACCUGCCAGACCUACCUGGCAUUGCUGCAGAUCUCAUGUACAGUGCUGAUCUGGGCCCCGGCAUCGCACCGUCUGCCCCUAGCAGUGCCAUUCCAGAGCUGCCCACUUUCAACACCGAGUCGGUGGAGCCUUUGCAACCAG